GUUGCCAUCUCGCGCGGCAGCGCAGCGCCGCGGCCGCUCGCGAUGCGUUCGACGAAACGCCGCGCCGGGAUGCCGUCUCCUACGCCGCCAUGGUCCGCCAACACCUCGAGUACCUCGACCCCCCGCGCUCGGUGGCGCUCUUCCUUGCAGCGCCCGCGGCUGCUCCCUCUCGACGCCGUCAUGCUCGACCUCGACGGGUACGUCAAAGGCUGGACGCGUCAAUUUCUAUUCGCAGACGUCCCUACCAUGUAGAGGCCUCGGUUCCUCAAGCCUCACACGCUUUCACUUAUCCGCCGCCGCCCCUCCCAUCCUAUCGCCGUGCAUCAUUGUCUCCCCCCCCCCCCCCCUCUUUUCCUGAACCACUCGACUCCAUCUUGCUUCCAUGGCGGCGGCGAACGAGCCAGAGGUGAUCCGUGACAAGGCGGCGAUGCGCGCGUGGUCGCGCCGCCGCCGCGCGGAGGGGAAGGCCGUCGCCCUCGUCCCUACCAUGGGAUUCCUCCACGACGGCCACCUCUCCCUCAUCUCCGCGGCGGCGGCGGCCUCCGCCGGCCCCGUCGCCGUCGUCGUCUCCAUCUACGUCAACCCCAGCCAGUUUGCCCCCACCGAGGACCUCGCCACCUACCCCUCCGACCUUGCUGGGGACCUCCGCAAGCUCAGCGCCACCGGCGCCGUCACCGCCGUCUUCUGUCCCCUGGACCUCUACUUCCGCGGCAGCGCCGGCCGCCCUACCGGCGCGUCCGCCGGCGCUGUCUCCUGCCUGGAGGAUGCCGGUGGGUCUGGGCACGAAUCGUGGAUUCGCGUGGAGCGGCUCGAAAAGGGCCUGUGUGGGAGCAGCAGACCCGUGUUCUUCCGCGGUGUGGCCACCGUGGUAGCCAAGCUGUUCAAUAUCGUGGAACCGGACAUCGCUGUGUUCGGGAAGAAGGAUUAUCAGCAGUGGCGCAUCAUCUGCCGGAUGGUUCGUGAUCUUGAUUUCGCCAUAGAAAUAAUUGGCUCAGAAAUAGUUCGAGAAGCUGAUGGUCUUGCUAUGAGCUCCCGCAAUGUACACCUAUCACAUGAGGAAAGGGAGAAGGCAUUAUCCAUCAGUAGAUCACUGGUGAAUGCCAGAACUGCUGCCCUGAAUGGAAACAAUCAUAGCCAACAAAUAAAACAUCAAAUAGUGCAGACGCUUACUGAAGCUGGCGGUCAGGUCGACUAUGUUGAGAUCGUAGAUCAAGAAAGCUUGGUGCGUGUGGAGAAAAUCGAUCGUCCCGUCGUCAUCUGUGUCGCCGCAUGGUUUGGAAAGGUCAGGUUAAUUGACAAUAUCGAAAUCCAGACAGCAUCCUGAGAUUGAGGUGGCUCAGUUUCUGCCUGCUUUGGCAUUGAAGAUGCAAUGCAGUCACGGCUUCUUUCUUUACCGGUCCAAAUUCCGAUACACUUUCUUGUUUCAGUACCUGACUGACUGGAGUACAUGUUCAUCCUUAGUAUUGACUGUACAAUCACAUAUAAUACAGAGCUGAUACAGUCCUUAAAGAGUGCGUUUAACUGUUGUCAGGA